UCUAGUUUCAAGGCAUGGGAAACAUCCAGCAAAAAAAAGGCAGGGGAAACACGCAGCAGAAUGGGCAAGGUAAUCUAGUCUUCACUUGUCAAAUAUGCGUAAAGCCGAUGCAAUCAAACCAGAUAUUCAAUAACAAAAACAAGUGUUCACACGCUGUUUGCAAGGACUGCAUAGCCAAAUACAUCCAAGACAAGAUUGACACCAAGGACAAGGUGCCCAACAUUCAAUGCCCUGGCUUGAACUGCAACCAGUUUUUGGACCCUCUCUUUUGCAGGAAAAUAAUCCAAAAACCACGUUGCUUCUUCAUGAACUUCAGAUGUGGGACUUGUUUCGAUGAAGACAACAGCAAUAAACGUGAAGACCUCCGCCGUAAAGGUAUUCAGCAGCAAAAAAGAAUGAAAGACAACAGCCAUAAAAGAAUGAAAGACAACAGCCAUAAAGGUGGAGGCAACUGGCAGCAGCAACAAAAUAAUGAUUUUCUGGCCCGCAACUGCUUCUUCGGGGAGAUGGCUUCUAUGGGUUAUUUAUAAAAAUUGUAAUUAGAUAAGUUUUAAAGUUUUAUAGCACCAAAUUGCAGAAAAUAAGUUUGUGUUACUCGACUUUUAUUUUAUAACUAGUCGCAAACCCACACGUUGUGCGUGAUAAUUUUUUAGGUAAAAUAUUAUUUUAGUCCCAAGACUUU